AUGGAAACCAGAUCAGCGUCCUUGGUUGAGCUCAACAAGCAAGUGGAAGAACACCGAGCCCAUACCGACACCCUUUUCACAGAUCUACGAAGUGAGCUCGACGGGAAGUUCUCCAGCUUCCAGGAAAGGUUCUCGGGUUUGGAAGCCGUCAUCUUGAAACAUUUCACUCACGGACCUACACCAUCACCUGCUCAGGACGGCAGUCCAUCACCGUCGCUCUCCGCCAGUCUCUUGAGUACACCGGAGGUGACUCGACCCCCAGAUCCGCCAGAUACGACGCCGCACAGAGAUCCGUUGCUCCCGAACGGCAUGUCUUCUUGCCUGACGAAAGUAGAGCUGAAAGUCCGUCUGGCUUGUCUACACCUUGAAGGGAAAGCCUUGCAGUGGCACCACAACUUCAUAAAGAACAGAUAUGAUAUCUUCCCUUCGUGGCCUGAGUAUGUAAGAGAGCUCUAUGCGAGGUUCUGUAAGAUGUUUGAUAAUCCUCUGUCCGAGUUAAUGAAGGUGAAACAAGCAGGAGUCUCAAUCGAGGUUUAUCUGGAGAAUUUCGACUGCGCUCUAACAAGACUGUCUCUCCCGACGCCUCAUGCUUUGAGCAUCUUCCUGACCAACAUGAAUGAACACCUCGCUCUGAAUGUCCGCAAGUUUAAGGUCGAUUCGAUCUCGGAGGCUGCCAGAAUCGCCAAGCUCCAUGAAUCAUCCCUUGUGUGCACACUAGUCAGACAACCACGAGCUCCCUUCAAUCCUUACCCUAAACAGAAUCACCACCAGUUCAACAAACCCGCUCAUUCCACUCCGCUGCUACCUUCGCCCAACCAGACAGUUACCAACACAACACAACCAUCAAAACCUUCAUUCAUCCCUCGUCACAAUGGAGAUAACCCACCCCGGAGGUUUACUUUUGAGGAAAUGAAAGCAAGAAAAAGCCAGGGCCUUUGUAUGUUUUGCGACGAUGUCUUUACCCCAGGACACCAACUGAAACACAAGAGAGCUCAGCUUUUUAUGAUUGAUUGUGAGGACUACUCUGAUGAUGAAGAAGAAUUGACUGAAGUUGUAGUGGAGGAGAGUGCACCUUCAGCUAUGGGAAAGGCACCUACUAUUUCUCUCAAUGCAUUGAAUAGCUCCACUAGUUUCAACUGUAUGAGAGUGACCGGUCAGUAUGGGAACAAGAAGCGUUUGUACGUUCUGAUCGAUCCCCGUAGCACUCAUAACUUCCUAGAUAUUGGAGUCGGCUGUCUUCUCCAACCCAUCUCACCAAUGGCCGCUGCUGUAGAUGGAGGAAACCUGAUCACCAAAUAUAUAUGCCGAGACUUCAACAUGAAGACUUUGGUUCCGAUCCUCUGGGACUUCCUGAACCUUAAGAUGGAGCUCACUUUUCAAGGGAUAAAACAUUUACUCAAGGGAGUGACCAAAGCUGGCUGUAAGAUGAUCAAUGGAGGCAGUUUAAACAAAAUCUUACAGAAAGGACCUCAUAUUGCAAUGCUUCAGAUCCGUGAGUUGGGAACAGAUGAUACAGAACAGAAAUCUCUCCUCUCCCACAUAUCAACGAGUAACACAAAGUCUUCUCUCACUACUGCAGUACAAUCGCUCAUCGACCAGUACGACGACUUAUUCAUCACACCAACGGAGUUGCCACCAUUCAGGGAAGGCUUCGAUCACCAGAUCCCUCUGGAAACAGGUGCGAAUCCGUUGAACCUCAGACCGUACAGGGGCCUUAACAAGCAAACUGUGAAGGAUAAGUACCCCCAUCCCAUUACUAGAGGACUUACUGGACGAGUUAUGCAGAUCACAGUACUUCUCCAAGUUGGAUUUGCGUGCAGGUUUUCAUCAGUUGCGGAUGUCACCUCCUGA